AUGCCCUCCCCCUUCUUCAACCCCGGCACAACCUCACAAGCCGACCAACUCGCCAUCCUCCACCUACGACGAGACGCCCUCGUCCCGACAAUCCUCUGCCUCCACGACGACGAAGAACAAGGCUACGACGAAGGCAAAGUCGUCAACACACGUUUCGGCUCAUUCCCUCACAGCACCUUAAUCGAUCAACCAUGGGGGUCUCAGAUUGUAGCUUCAGAUGUCAACACCGGUAAAAGAUCGCGCGUGAAGCGGGGAGGUGCAGGCGCCGGGAAAAGGAAAGCGGCUGCUUUAGCUGACGGCGGUGAUGAUACAACUACAAGCAAUGCUGCGACUGCUGCAUCGCCCAAGGCAGCGAGCAGUGGGUUUAUUCAUUUAAUACCGCCUACGCCUGAAUCGUGGACUUCGGCGCUGCCGCAUCGGACGCAGGUGGUUUAUACGCCGGAUUAUAGUUAUAUUCUGCACAGAUUACGUGCCUCGCCUGGCAAGACAAUUAUUGAGGCGGGUGCGGGCAGUGGCUCAUUCACGCAUGCCGCUGCGCGAGCAGUCUUUAACGGGUACGCAAGUCAUGAGCCAGCGCACAAGAAGCAAAGGACGCGAUUCGGCAAAGUCUGCAGUUUCGAAUUCCAUCAAACGAGAGCAACAAAAGUACACGAGGAACUGAAACAACAUGGCCUCGAAGACGUGGUCCGCGUCACGCAUCGCGAUGUCUACAAUGAUGGAUUCUUACUACCCGCCGAUCAAUCGGGAGGAAAUGCAUCACCAAAAGCAAACGCCAUCUUUCUGGACCUCCCAGCCCCCUGGCUAGCCCUCAAACACCUCACCCGCCAACCAUCCGACGGCUCCGAGUCGCCCCUCGACCCGUCAACCGCAGUCCGUAUCUGCACAUUCUCACCGUGCAUGGAACAAGUCCAAAAAACCAUCAGCGUCCUCCGGCAAUACGGAUGGCUCGAAAUCUCGAUGGUGGAGGUGCUGCAUCGACGGAUUGAAGUUCGUAGAGAGAUCGUGGGUCUUGAGACGGAGGGAGUUAGACGGGCGAUGGUCUAUCCGAAAUCGGUGGAUGAAGCCGUGGGGAAAUUGAGGGUUGUCGAGGGUCGGUUGAAGGAGUUUCAGAAAGCCCAGAAAGAGGCGGCUGAAGCAGCGGCAGCAGCAGCUGCUGCUGCUGCCGAGAAUGGGGAUACUGUUCCUGCUAAAGCCGAGGAGCCGAGUGAGCAUAUCAAGACCGAGGAGGAGCCAACCGAGCAGCAGCGGCAACGGCAACAAGCGAAUGAUGAGACCAAGGACAAGUCGCCGCAAAUUUCUGCAUACGAAAUGGGCCGACUGGUUCAUCGCACCGAACCAGAUCUCAAGACGCAUACUUCAUACCUCGUUUUUGCGGUGUUGCCUCGCGCGUGGUCUGCAGAGGACGAGCGAAAGGCGAGGGAGAUGUGGCGUUCCCGGCCUACAUAA